AUGAACUAUUUGAAUCACUACGAGAUUUUGGGUGUCGAUGCUCACUUCACGAGAGACCAAUUGAAGGCUGCUUAUCACUCCAAACUCUUCCAGACUCACCCAGAUAAAAGAAUUGAGAGUAGGAAUAGCGAUGAUCUGGACGGUGGUGAUUUCGCCAGAAACGAGAACAGUGGCUUCAGAAAUUCCUCUUCUGUUGAGGAAAUUAAAGUGGCUUACGCGGUCUUGGCUGACAAUGAAAAGCGGGCUGCCUACGAUAUUGAAUUGGCUGAACAGAGUCUGAAGUCAGGGUUGAAUUUCACCGGGGCGGGCCUCGAUGAGUACACGUUGGAAGAAUUCGAGUAUCUGGAAAUAGAUGGUAAAGCCACUUGGAUGAGAGACUGUCCAAGGUGUACAAGUACUCACUCUAUGGUUCUCAGCGAAGAGGACUUGGAGGAGGGUUCUCCAGACGGCACUGGUGGGUUCCACAUAGCAGUAUCGUGUCAAACGUGUAGUCUUUGGAUCACAGUAAGCUACGAAGAGGAGGGUUGCGAAUAA